AUGACGUUCAGCGUCUCAAAUGAUCUGAAAUACGAUGCUGAGAGGGACCUGAAGGAUAUUGAAGCCCCUCACCUCCCUGUCCAUGCUUUAAACAAGAUUAAAUAUGGUGACACGGCUACCUCGGAGGGGAUUUUAUUCGCCACUUAUUCCGCCUUGAUUGGUGAAAGCCAAGCGGGCGGCCAGCACAGGACACGGUUGAACCAGAUUCUCGAUUGGUGCAAGGACGAUUUCGAUGGUGUUAUUGUGUUCGACGAAUGCCACAAAGCCAAAAAUGCCAGCUCUACCAAGAUGGGCAAAGCAGUAUUGGACCUGCAGAAAAACCUGCCUAAGGCGAGGGUCGUCUACGCCAGUGCCACAGGUGCCUCUGAGCCAAAGAAUAUGAUUUACAUGAGUCGGCUGGGAAUAUGGGGAGAAGGCACCCCCUUUCGCUCCUUUGAUGACUUCCUCCAUGCCAUCGAAAAGAGAGGUGUUGGGGCUAUGGAGAUCGUUGCCAUGGAUAUGAAAGUGAAUGGGAUGUACAUCGCUCGACAACUCAGCUUUUCCGGAGUCACGUUCCGGAUAGAAGAAAUCCCACUGGACGCGGCAUAUAAGGACGUGUACAACAAGGCAGCGAAGCUGUGGGCAGAAGCCCUGGUGGUUUUCCAAAAGGCUGCGGACCUCAUUGGCCUGGAGUCCCGGAAGUCUCUGUGGGGUCAGUUCUGGGGGGCUCACCAGCGCUUCUUCAAGUACCUCUGCAUUGCUGCCAAAGUCCGGCGCCUGGUGGAGCUGGCCAAGGAGGAGCUCAGCAAGGGCAAGUGCGUGGUGAUCGGGUUGCAGUCGACGGGGGAAGCCCGCACCCGGGAAGUCCUGGAUGAGAAUGAGGGGCACCUGAACUACUUUGUCUCGGCAGCCGAAGGCGUCUUCCUUUCACUAAUUCAGAAGCACUUUCCUUCAACCAAACGAAAAAGAGAAAGAGGAAGUAACAAUAAAAGAAAACUGAAGCAGAGAGUCCGAGGCCUUAACAAAGUGAUGAGAACCGCCCACGACCACUACAACAACAGCAGCAGUGACAUCAUUAAGAUCAGCUCCGAGAGCAGCACUGAUUCUGAGCCGGGUUUGGAGAGCGAUUUCAAUUCCUCUCCGGAGUCCCUCGUGGAAAUGGAGGAUGUGGCCAGCAGAUACAAGCCCAUCAAUGGUGCCAUGUGUAACGAACCACUUGGCCUAUAUUGGCCGAACCCCCAAAAGGAGAUGAACGGAUCAGGGACUCCGGAAUGCGUGGAGAACAUGAAGCAGGAACUGCUGUCUCAAGUGAAGAAACUGGGCAAAGAGCUACCUCUUAACACUUUGGAUGAACUGAUCGACUACUUUGGAGGCCCGGAAAAAGUAGCAGAGAUGACCGGGCGGAAGGGACGAGUCGUGCGGAGGCCUGGUGGCUCCGUGGUGUUUGAAUCGCGAGCUGAACAAAGCCUUUCGAUCGACCACGUGAACCUCAAGGAGAAGGAGCGAUUCAUGAAUGGAGACAAACUCGUAGCAAUAAUCUCGGAAGCCUCCAGCUCAGGGAUUUCUCUCCAAGCAGACAGACGGGUAAAGAAUCAGAAACGGCGGGUCCACAUGACGCUGGAAUUGCCCUGGAGUGCUGACCGAGCCAUACAGCAGUUUGGCCGCACACACCGUUCCAACCAGGUCUCUGCUCCAGAGUACAUUUUUCUCAUCUCCGAACUGGCUGGGGAGCGGCGGUUUGCGUCUAUUGUGGCGAAACGCCUAGAAAGCCUUGGUGCCUUAACUCACGGUGACCGAAGAGCGACUGAAUCCCGGGACCUCAGCAAAUACAACUUUGAGAAUAAGUAUGGAAUCAGAGCGCUCGAUAAAGUCCUGUGCACCAUCUUCCAGCAGAUGGAGAGCAAAGUCCCCGUGCCAGAGAUUUAUCAAGAAGGGGAUGCGGCUUUUUUCAGCGAAAUGAAGCAGUCCCUCCUCUCCGUGGGAAUCUCUUGCAAGGAGAUGCGAUAUGGCUUCAUGACCAUGGAGAAAGACUGUUCCAUCACCAAGUUCCUAAAUCGCAUUUUGGGCCUGGAGGUUGACAAACAGAACCUGCUCUUCCAGUACUUCAAUGACACUUUCGACUACCUGAUCGAGCGGGACAAGAAAGAUGGCAAAUACGACAUGGGGAUUCUGGACUUGGCUCCGGGCAUUGACGAAAUCUACGAAGAGAGCAAAGAGGUUUUCCUAACGCCAGGCCACCCACAGGAUGGCCAGGUGGUCUUUUACAAGAUCAGUGUGGACAGAGGGUUGAAGUGGGAGGAGGCCUACGAGAAGUCACUUCAUCUGACGGGCCCCAAUGAUGGGUUCUACCUGUCCCACAAGUUCCGAAGCAACAAAUAUAUUAGCCUCCUAGCCGAACAGACCCGUGGGAAAUACUUCACCCUCUACAAGCCCAACAUCGGGAAGCAGAGCCAGCUGGAGACCAUGGACAGCCUUUUUAGAAAGUACCAGCCGGUGUCACCGGCGGAUGCUGAGCCCCACUGGAAGAGCACUUACAAAUUCUCCCUGAAGCACUGCAACCACACCGCAAGGAACAGGAACUGCAAGGUUGUCCAGGAAAGAAAGGAAUGUUUCCAAGGCACGCGUUUACGGCACUAUUACAUGCUCUGCGGGGCUCUCUUGCGCGUCUGGACCAAAAUCGCUAGCAUCAUGGCUAAUAUCACCAACACCAGCUACCUGCAGAUCGUCCGCCUCAAGACCAAAGAGAAGAAGAAGCAAGUGGGGAUCAAGAUACCGGAAAAUUGCGUCCAUCAGGUGUUGAAGGAGUUGAAGCAGAUGGACGAGAACGUCAAACAGAAGCAGAAGCAGCAGCAGCUUCAAGCCAUGUUGGGCCCCAUGAUGGCCAGCCAGCCCUACCCGCAGGUCGUCCCACCGCUGGACCUCGGCCAGCCUCCAGUAUUUCUCUCUGCCCAGCCCACUUCCUUGCUGCAGGACGAGGUCUGGGAUCUGACCAACAGCCCACCCGGGGAAGUCCUUCCUGACUUCUGGACGCACCCAUCUCCGCCACCUCCUCCGCCGAACGUUCCACUCCCCCCUGCCCCCUCGCAGUUCAACUUCCACGCGCCCUACGACAGCAGCGCAGCGUUGGUGGGCAGCCUGGCGCUCGGCGGCUCCCCUUCCCAGCACGAACCCUUGCCCCCGACGCAAGCCCUGCCCCUCCCCCUGGCAGACAAUUUCUCCCCGGCCAGCCUGAACUUCCGAGAACUCUUGGAGGAGAUGAUGCUGAACUCCAACGGUUUGGUGGGCGAGAACAGCGAGCAGGAGCGCCAGAGCGUCAUCCAGUUCAGUGGACCCCUCUCCGACCUCUAUGAUGCCAGCUGAGUUGGGGAGAUGGGAGGGGAGAAGAGAGGGGGAGGGCUUCUUUACACCAUGCGUGGGAGGGGGUGUUUGUUUUUAAUCCUGGGUUGGAACGGACCACUUCAAAAAAAAGGGGGGGGCUGGGCGCAGAGAACUCUACUUAAGAGAAACAAAGUUUAUUUAUAUAUAAUAUACAGUCAAGCCUGUACUAAUUUUUUUAUAUGUAUGUACAGAGAGAUAUGUACAAAGAAGGGUUGUGGGAGAAGAGAAAUGGAAGGGGGGGGGGGAGGGAAAAUUAUGCCGAAAUACCAGGGGAAUCGGGCACUUUAGAAAAACGGCUAUGUGCCGGCUUCCUUAUCCACCUGUUGCUUCUCAGUACCAGGCUGGGCUACCCAACAACAA